GUGGCAUUCCACAGCCCUCCAGUCACCAUCAAGAAGGAACCACAGAGCCCAGGAUCCGACCCCAGCCAGUCCUGUAGCCACAAGCAGACAUUCACCUACCCCAAUGGAGAGCAGUGCCUUUACGCCAGGUACGCAUGUCAGUAAGUAAAGUACACAGCUAAUUAUGGCCCAUUUACAAACAUUUUAUAGUUAGAGGGUCCAUAGCAAGUCACUAGUCAGCCAAUUCCAGUCAAUUAUCAUACAUAAGUCAGUGCAGCAGAGUGACCAGACCACAAGCUACUGACCACAACGCCAGGAACUACAAAACAGCCAUCCCCCGUAAGCCCAGUUUGGCUUACUGACCUGUAUUACUAAUGCUAGGGCCUACUACUGAUGCCAUGGUAGUACUCAUAAACCACAUUAGGAUUCAUAAACUAUGUGUGUUUUCCAGUGCCUAUGAGCAGAAGAGGGCUGCAGGACCCAAUAAGACCUCCUGCCCCCCAGGGACGCCCAUGUCCCCCAUGCAGCAGCAUUACUCCCCAAAGCAAGUCGGGGGCGCAAAUGGACGGCCUGACAACAUGGCCUACAACAUGAACCACCCUGCCGCCUCCCAGCCUCUGCCCAGCCACAACAACUACCCCAUGAACCCCAGGUAUUGCCCCCUGUCCUGUACAAAAUACUUAAACGUGUGCCAAAAAAGUACAUGCCUUUGGUGGGUGACAUAAUUAUGUGUUGUCGUUACUGAUCGUUUUUCAUAACCGCUCUCUUCCCUUCUCUCAGUUCCAGGUAUCAGGCCCCCUCAGCAGACAUGUGCCCCCCGGGGUUCCCCCCUCAAGGGCAGGCCUUCCAGCGCAUGCACCCUGCCCCAGCCGGAGGUGGUGGCGGUGGAGGAGGGGGUGGAGGACCAGGUGGAGGUGGUGUUGGCUACCACCGGCAGCACUUAGACCCGUGUCUGCCCUACCUGCAGCAGAGCUUCAAGCAGGAGUAUCUGGACCCUCUGUACGAGAGGGCUGCCCACAUGGCAGGACAAGGACACGGGCCUGGGCCAGGGCAUGGAUCAGGGCACGGACCUCACCAACACCAACACUCCCACCCCCAUCCUCACAGGUUCCCCCCUGCCCACAUGAUGGUGAAGCAGGAGCCGACUGACUACACCUAUGAGCCUGGUGAGUGAUCAAAGCAUGGAGGGCCCUAGAGCAGAAUGACAGAGAUACAGUAUGAGUAUGUUUUGAAUGGCAGCCAUCGCUUUGUAUAAAGAGUCUAUCUAUACUGAAUAGCUAAUGGUUUUUGGAUGGAAGCUAAUCUUUAAUGGGAGUCACUGAGCAUCAUUCCUCCCUAACAAAUCACAACACACUGACACACUGAACACUUCAAAACAUACCCAAACUAAUCCUAUGUCACUCAAAAGAACAUGUAGGAUGUAUACAACCCAAUUACCUACACAUUGCAAUGUUAUGUACAUAUUGCUUUGUGGCUUUUGCUCUCUGUCCUACAAAAGAUAAUUUGAGCCAACCUGGUGUGUCUGGCUAACCUUAGAACAAAAUGUCUAAAAGCAGACACUUCUAUAUCUACAACAGACUUUUCCCUACCCCCUCCCUACCUCCAAACUCCUCCUUUCAACUCCCUGACACUUUGCAAAAAAAGGUCUCGACUCCUGUCUGUAAUUCAGUUUUAUUCCCUCCUCUACACUCCUCCCCGCUCCCUCUCUCGUCUCACUGAAAGGAAGGCAGAGGAAUUUCAUUGAGAAAAUGGAGGGCACUGGAAAGACUAGAGUCCCCAGUGGAGCACUCUGGGGUAUUGGGUUGCAACAGCGCCUUCCUUUCUGCAGGCAGAUGAACUCAUAAUGGAAAAAUGAGCGUGGCCGCAGUAACACGAACCUCUCACUGGCUGGGAUGUGGAGGGGGAAGGAGAGGGUGGGGGUAGCCAGGGCCCUUGGCAACAACAGACUGAGAACCAGCCCUACCACCACAGCACAGCCUCAAAGCCUGGCGGUUCCCUUUAAGCCGUGCUAGGAUGCAAACACAAGGGCUGGAAACGCAAUAUGUUGUAUAAGUGACAUAUGUAUGUUGUGCAUAUAAGUGACAGUCAACUGGGAGCAGAGCUGUCUUUGUUGUGGAGUCUUAUGGGCACAGUGGACAAACACAGGUACAAAGAGAGCCUCCCAGCGCUGAAACCAGCAUACCUCUCUAUACAAUAACAUGUAAGACCGACGAUCUAAAUUCUUUGGACUUUUUUAUGUUUUUGAUAGAAGCCGUAAAUUGCUCAGAAAGUUAAACUUUGUGCUUGAAUAAUUUUGACAGCCUUAGUGGAUAAACUGGACUCUGGUGGUAGGAGGAGGAGGAGGAGUUGAGGGGGCUGGUAGGCCUGCCCGAGAGUUAUGCCACAAAUAAGAGCUGGCCAGCUGUUUUGCCUGCUCAGAAAUUCUAUCACAAGGACCUCAUAGGUCUACAGGCACUCAAAUGUGACCAAAUCAAAUCAAAAUGAUUGAUAAGUGCACCCCUAGGCUUGAGGCAGUUAUGUGGUUCAGGCUUGUGAAUAAAGUUGUCUUUUUCACAUUCAAAUUUCCGUCUAGUAAAAUAAUGUGUGCCAUUGUAUUGUGUGAAAGACACAAAAUGGCUCCAAAAACUGGCUACACCAGCAGCACACAAUUUACACUGGUGCUAUCGCCCCAAAUCUCCCCAUCACUGGCUGGCAGUGAUAUUAUUUACAGUGUGAUAGAGUGCUGGCCCGGAAUGGAGGGUCUGUUUUCCCCAGUGACAUCUUAUCACAGCCACAGCACUGCAACUGCAUUCCCCAGGAGUGAGUCACCAGACUCACCACACUACUGAGAUGCAGGAGACAAGAGCUUCACCCAUUCAGCCACUCAUACAAACAAACACACAGAUGCAUGUGCAUGCACUCACUCACUCACACAGGCACACAUACACUAUACUGUAUAGUCCCCUGUAGCUCAGUUGGUAGAGCAUGGUGCUUGCAACGCCAGGGUUGUGGGUUCGUUUCCCACAGGGGGGGCCAGUAUGAAAAUGUAUGCACUAACUGUAAGUCGCUCUGGAUAAGAGCGUCUGCUAAAUGAUUAAAAUCUAAAAUCAUAUGAGAUGAGACCAGUGUCACCAACCAUUAGCAAUAAGGAGAAACAUCCGCCACCCACCUGAUUAGAGAGGUUUUCAAUUUAUACAACUUUUGGAAAUAGAAAUUUGAUUAAAAAUGUGAUUAGGGAUUGAUAGAAAUAUAAAGAUCUCAUCCCUUUGCAGCGUGGCUGGUUGUAGGGGUGUGUCCAGUUACUGACCUGUAUUACUAAGGCCAGGUGGAUGGACAGAGUGCUGACACUGCGGACUCACCAUUCUCUACCACUGUACUACACUAUACUGUUGCUCCUCACUAGGUGCUUACUCGUUGCCUAAAAAUACAUAUGAGGACAGGUGAUAUUAUGACAAAUGAAGGUUUUGUCCUUGCAGGACUAGAGGCGAUCAAACCAAAAUAUGCACAUUAAUACUCUCUCUCCCCGUGGAUAUUGGCCUGGUAUAUAUAGACUGAGGAAGAAAACCCAUCUGUACAUUAAAAAAGCUUACACUGCAUUGACCAAUAGGUGUAUGCUUGUGUUUCUGUCCUAUAGAUGUGCCUGGAUGUCCUUCCAUGUACCACCACAACGAGGGGUACCCCAACCCCCAGCACAACAAUGAAGGUAAGCAAAAACGAGGUUAUGUUAAUUAUUACUUGUCAUAAGCAUGUAUAAACCCUUCAUAGAUACUUCAUAGACACUUAUGACAAAUGUUAUAAUGCAUUAUGACUGCAGCAUGUUUUUGUUUUUUUACAUGCAUGCCUUAUUACCAAAAGUCUGUGCCAACGGUUUAUGGCACUGUAGCUGGGAUCGGCAUACUACAUGUACCGAAUCUUCCUCUCCCAUUUUUUAUUUCAACGAGGCCUUGCUACUGGCUGUAGCAUUGCGGUCAUUGGCUAACCAGCCCAGUGUCCGUAUUUCCAUUGGCUAACCGGCGGUGUCGCUAUGUUUCCAUUGGCAGAGGCUCUGGCCUUUCCCUGCCUCAAGGAUCUCUGGAUAAACAUUUCUACUGGAAAAAGCCAGUGUAUUUUUCCUUGAGAAAAGAAAAACAAUCCUCCUCUUCACUCCCUUUUUUGUCACACCAUUCUAGUUAUUGUCCAGGAUCAUUUCUUAAAUAAGUGAGAACUCAGGAACUACUCUUGAACAGCCAAUCCCAAGACAGACUGUAUUAUUAAGGAUCACCAGAGUAUUAAACACUUUAAAUAAAAUAUUAAAACAAAAGUAAGAGGGAAGAUGGAGUCCUUUUGAGAUAUUUACAUUGAGGAAUCCUCCCCUUCUCACUAAGUACUCUACUCAUUCUUGUUCAAGUGGAUGAGUAAAGUACAUCCAAUAAAGAGUGUACUCUUCUCAACCACUUCAACAUGUGUCAUGGGUGAAUUCACCAUUUUCAUAUUCAUUCAUUUUGUCAUAAUAUGAUUCAAGAUUUGACAUACAUGUUAAAGCCACACAAGACAACUUGAAGCACUAAUAAUAAUACCUGUCUUGUUUUACAGGCUAUCUCUUUGAAAACGACUCUUGUGUCGUUCCAGAGAAAUUCGAAGGUGAGUCUUACAACUCCUAUCUACUGUCCAGAAGUCAGCUCAAGACACAGAGCCUAAACCUCGCACACUCCAAUCCACUUCAAUAGGUGUCACUGAGAUCAGAUAAUGGUUAGGGGUGUUGGUACUGAGGGUGUCCACUGUCCGUUCUCCAUAGGAAAGAAACAGAAUCCAUUCAAUCACAUCACAUGGCUCUCCGUUUGGUAUCAGCACUCUAUAAGUGCCAAUAGUAUCAGAUAUAGUGUCGCUGACUGAACAAUAAGCUUUAGAGGUUUUGUUGCGUGACAGGCUCUUGAUUGGAGCUGAGUUAGCGGGUUUCGUUUCCCCGUGCGUGAGGUAGGGACCAGGCUCCUGUGUCAUGGAGAGCAAGGUGACAGUCAGUUUCCCAUUGUGCACUGGGGUGAUUGAUGUGAGGGGAGAGCCUGAGGGCUACUGCACAGGUUGAACCAGCGAAACACACCGGGUUAGAGCACCAUUUACUUACAGUGACAAGCACCAUGUUCCACACAUAUGGUGCUUUUCCAUUGAGACUUAACCCCACACUAGCGGCCCGCCAGUGUUUUAUAGUACUGUUUUAUAGUACUCAUCCGCACCAUUCCCUGCCUCUCAAGAUAAUCAACUUAUCAACUGUCCCUCACAUGGUUGCAGUUACUACAGUAUCUUAAGCAUGUCAAGACAGCCAUUGAUUGGACUCAAUCAAAAUGACAGUCUUAUCCAUUUCCUAUUAGUCAUGGUAAACAAACUUGGCCACAUUACCAUGCUUGUUGGUAGCUGUCUUAUGUCAAUGGUAGCUGCCUACUUCCUUAAACCAGUCUGAGCCUACAGCCUAGUCCAAGCUCCAGUGUCCCUGUUCCUCUCCAGGUGAGGUGAAGCAGGAGGGGGGUAGCGUGUUCCGUGACGGGGCCCCUUACCAGCGCCGGGGAUCCCUGCAGCUCUGGCAGUUCCUGGUGGCCCUGCUGGAUGACCCGGGCAACGCACACUUCAUCGCCUGGACCGGCCGCGGCAUGGAGUUCAAACUCAUCGAGCCUGAGGAGGUAAGGCCCAACCUACAGGUCUAAAUCUACAGUAACUAGAACUACAGUAAUGACAUCUCUAGUGGAACUAUAUCUACCGUAACAAAAUGUCUCAUGUCCUCUUUGUAAAGAAUUGUUAGAACUAGGCUUAACCGUUACAAGAAGGGGAAGUUUGCUUGUUUGGGAGGUCAGAGACAGACAUAAGAGGUAUUUUAAUUCUGAUUGUGCCUUGUCUAGAAUAGUAACUGUAAUGGCAUUUCCCAAUUUGGGAACUUUGCUCUUUGUUAAGGAAUGUUAUAAGUAGGCUUAGCCAUUAGAAGUAGGCUAAGUUCACUCGCUAUAUGCUGCAGGGUCAGAGUCAGAUGUAAGAGGUCUUUAAAGGGGCAAUCUGCAGUUGCUACAUUCCUUUCUGGAUUUAUAAAUUAAUGAUAUGGACCCAUUGAGUCUUGAAGAAUUUAGCUUAUAAAUGCCUUAUGAACUUAGUUCAACUGUCGUACCACAACAGAACUCAAAAUAGAAGCUUGGUUUACUCCAAUGUUUGUAAACAAAAGAAAAUGUAAAAAAAUUUAAACACUACCCACAUGAAAAAAUACUAUAGUAUUCACUGUUUUUGCAGACUUUACUGUAGUAUUUAGUUUACUAGAAUAUAUACUGAACAAAAAUAUAAACGCAACAUGCAACAAUUUCUAACAUUUUGCUGAGUUACAGUUCAAGGAAAUCAGUCAAUUGAAAUACAGUGGGGAGAACAAGUAUUUGAUACACUGCCGAUUUUGCAGGUUUUGCUACUUACAAAGCAUGUAGAGGUCUGUAAUUUUUAUCAUAGGUACACUUCAACUGUGAGAGGGAAUCGAAAACAAAAAUCCAGAAAAUCACAUUGUAUGAUUUUUAAGUAAUUAAUUUGCAUUUUAUUGCAUGACAUAAGUAUUUGAUCACUUACCAACCAGUAAGAAUUCCGGCUCUCACAGACCUGUUAGUUUUUCUUUAAGAAUCUCUCCUGUUCUCCACUCAUUACCUGUAUUAACUGCACCUGUUUGAACUCGUUACCUGUAUAAAAGACACCUGUCCACACACUCAAUCAAACAGACUCCAACCUCUCCACAAUGGCCAAGACCAGAGAGCUGUGUAAGGACAUCAGGGAUAAAAUUGUAGACCUGUACAAGGCUGGGAUGGGCUACAGGACAAUAGGCAAGCAGCUUGGUGAGAAGGCAACAACUGUUGGUGCAAUUAUUAGAAAAUGGAAGAAGUUCAAGAUGACGGUCAAUCACCCUCGGUCUGGGGCUCCAUGCAAGAUCUCACCUUGUGGGGUAUCAAUGAUCAUGAGGAAGGUGAUGGAUCAGCCCAGAACUACACGGCAGGACCUGGUCAAUGACCUGAAGAGAGCUGGGACCACAGUCUCAAAGAAAACCAUUAGUAACACACUACGUAUCAAAUACUUAUGUCAUGCAAUAAAAUGCAACUUAAUUACUUAAAAAUCAUACAAUGUAAUUUUCUGGAUUUUUGUUUUAGAUUCCGUCUCUCACAGUUGAAGUGUACCUAUGAUAAAAAUUACAGACCUCUACAUGCUUUGUAAGUAGGAAAACCUGCAGAAUUGGCAGUGUAUCAAAUACUUGUUCUCCCCACUGUAAAUACAUUAGGCCCUAAUCUAUGGAUUUCACAUGACUGGGCAGGGGUGCAGCCAUGGGUGGGCCUGGGAGGACAUAGGCCCACUCACUUGGGAGCCAGGCCCAGCCAAUCAGAAUGAGUUAUUCCCCACAAAAGGGCUUUAUUACAGACAGAAAUACUCCUCAGUUUCAUCAGCUGUCCGGGUGGCUGGUCUCAGAUGAUCCCGCAGGUGAAGAAGCCGGAUGUGGCAGUCCUGGGCUGGCGUGAUUACGCGUGGUCUGCGGUUGUGAGGCUGGUUGGACGUACAGCCAAAUUCUCUAAAACGACAUUGAAGGCGGCUUAUGGUAGAGAAAUGAACAUUAAAUUCUUUGGCAACAGCUCUGGUGGACAUUCCUCCAGUCAGCAUCUUGAUAUGCCACAGCUGUCAGGUGGAUGGAUUAUCUUGGCAAAGGAGAAAUGCUUGCUAACAGCGAUGUAAACAAAUUUGUGCACAAAAUAUGAGAGAAAUAAGCUUUCUGUGCAUAUGGACAAUUUCUGGGAUCUUUUAUUUCAGCUCAUGAAACCAACACUUUACAUGUUGCAUUUAUAUUUUUCUUCAGUGUAAAUACUGUAGUAAGAAAAAAACUAUAGUACAGUUCGUUCAGAAAGUAUUCAUACCACUUGAUUUAUUCCACAUUGUUUUGUUACAGCCCGAAUUCAAAAUGGACCAAAAAAAUUCUCACCCAUCUACACACAAUACAGCACAAUGACAAAGUGAAAACAUGUUUUUAGAAAUGUUAGCAAAUGUAUUGAAAAUUAAAUACAGAAAUAACUCAUUUACAUAAGUAUUCACACCCGAGUCAAUACUUUGUAGAAGCACCUUUGGCGGCGAUUACAGCUUUGAGUCGUCUUUGUAUGCCUGUAUCAGCUUUGCACAUCUGGUUUUGGGGAUUUUCUCCCAUUCUUCCUUGCAGAUUUUCUCAAGCUCUGUUAAGUUAGAUGGGGAGUGGCGGUGAACAGCAAUCUUCAAGUCUUUCCACAGAUUUUCAAUGCGAUUCUGUUGGAACAUAAAUAUUCGCCCCAGUCUAAGGUCGUUUGCCCUCUAAAGCAGGUUCUCAUCAGGGGUUUGCCUGUAUUUGGCUCCAUUCAUUAUUCCCUCUAUCCUUACCAGUCUCCCAGUCCCUGCAGUUGAAAAGCAUCCCCUUCCUUUCACGUGCAUUUUUGCAAACUCCAGGUGUGCUGUCAUGUGCCUUUUUCUCAGGAGUGGCUUCCAUCUGGCCACUCUCCCAAAAAGCCCAGAUUGGAGAAGUGCUUUGUACGAAGGACCAAGGAUAUACAGUAUGCCUCAUCACAAUUUUAUCUUGGAGAUCUACGGACACUUCCUUGGACUUCAUGGUAUAGUUUCUGCUCUGACAUGCAAUGUCAACUGUGGGACCUUAUAUAGACAGGUGUGUUUCUUUCUAAAUCAUGUCCAAACAAUUGAAUUGGCCACAGGUGGACUCCAAUCAAGUUGUAGCGACAUCUCAAGGAUGAUCAAAGGAAUUCGGAGUGUCAUAGCAAAUGGGUGUGAAUAUUUAUGUAAAUUGAUAUUUCUGUAUUUCAAUAAAUUAGCAAAAAUGUCUAAAAACAUGUUUUCGCUGUCAUUAUGGGGUAAUGUUUGUAGACGGGUGACACAUUGUUUGGGGAAUUCAGACUGUAACACCUCAAAAUGUGGAAUAAGUCAAGGGGUAUGAAUACUUUCUGAAGGCACUGUAUAUACUAUAGUGUAUUAUAGUAUACUGUAGUAUGGACUGUAGUAUACUGUAGUAUUUACUGUAGUGUUUUUGCUGACAUUACUGUAGUAUUUACUAUAGUGUUUUUGUUUUAUUAUCUUUGACAUAGCAAAAACCUACUGGACAAAAUACUUUUGUCUGGGUAGGACUGAGGUCUAAAUGGACAGUUCAGAGCUUUUUAUAACCUGUAGGGAACACAGUAUAUGGUCUAUAAUUGGCAUGUAGGUUUCUCACUUAUGGGUGGCACAAAUUGGGAUAUGGGGAAGGGGAAUGGGCAGGGUAUAUGCAAAUGAAAUACUGUAGUGUUUUUGAAGUAUUUACUAUAGUAUUCUACAGUAUAUUACAACAUUAUCUAGUAAGUACUACACAUAAUAUAGGUAUGCUAGUGUUUAGUAUAGUAUAUUACAGUUUACUACAUAAUUUUAUAGUAAGUACUGUAUUAUUCUAUAGUAAACUGUAGGAUUUUUCCAUGUAGGUCUAUAGCCUCAAAACAUGGUUAACACUAUCAUUUUGAUAUCAUGGAUGGUAAGUCCAUAGCGCUGUGUAUGAAUUUGAGAGUGGUUGGAUUUCUCCAUCCCCAUCCCUCAGCUUUUUACCGAAACAGAGGCGAGGAAGAACUUUGUUAUUGUUUCAACUGCUGAUUGCCCCUUUAAUGCUGAUUGUGCUUUCUCUAGAAUAAGGUUUCAAUGUUUGAGAUUGCUCCCCCCUCCACCCUUCUAAACCAUCCCUCUGGGGCCAUGCACUGAUCUAAACUGCCAGUCGCCCAUUAACCUCCAUGCAUUAUUUACCACACGUAAUAACAGUAGAUACACACACAAAAUGGAGGAUGAGCUCCAUCACCUAAUAUUCACUCCACGUCUCCUAUAAGUCAAUGGACUGGUUGAGAGAUUAUUUUGAAGUUGAGGGCUGUUGACUUAGAAGUUUAUUCAAACAGGUAACUGAAUUUACAAGACAUUUAAAAGACAUUCAGAUACAAUGAUACUGCCAUUAUCUGGCUACUGUACAUAAAUAAUUAAUACUGCAAGAGUUUUACAAGAGCAGCUAAGGUUGAGUGUGCACUCAGGAUCAAAGAGAGUAGUCUGCUCUGGGACAUCAGCAUUCCCUAAACCCCCAAGGCAGGAGUCUACUACACCUUCUCUAUGUGUCCUCUACACUCAAGUCUUCCUAUAGUGACCAGGCUGUUUGUCAACAACACACAUCUCAGAUGGCACGGUUCCAUUCUGUUCUCGUUUGGAGAUGUGAGACAUUUCGUAGGUAUUGGAAUUAGCAGGCUGUCAGUGGGGAGUUGAGGUUGAGACACUAUUUCACGAUGCUGCCCCUAUGACAACCAGGCACCAGAUUGUUAUUUCACUGCGCACAUUGUGGGACUCUGGUUGCAUUAAAGUGGUGAUGGGUUAUAUAAAAAGGAACCCAUCACCAUGUAGCUCAGUUGGUAGAGCAUGGCGGUUGCAAUGCCAGGGUUGUGGGUUCAAUUCCCACGGAGGACUAGUAUGAAAAUGUAUGCACUCACUACUGUAAGUCGCUCUGGAUAAGAGCGUCUGCUAAAUGACUAAAAAUGUGAAAAUGUAAAUGAAUCCACAUGUGGGGACUCAGCCUGCUUUUGACAUGAUGAGCCAGUUAGGUCAGCGAGACAGAGCCUUAAAACUGGUCACUGAGGACUCCCUAGCGGUGGCAUUGGAGAGUUGCAGGCAGAAGGAAGAAAAGUUGUGGUUCCCUCCAGGGCAAAUUAUUUGGAAUUCAUUCAUAUUGGCUCCAGCAGUUUUUCCCCUAGGAUUUGUUUCUGCAGUGGUGGCAAGGGUAGCGGCCGGGGGAGGCUAACAUUACUACUAGCAUUAGCGCAAUUACAUGCCAGCUGUUCCAUUGCGCAAUGACAUGCUAGCUGUUCCCAUAGACCUCCAGUCAUUGAGCCAACGACUAUCCAUUUAAAAGCGCGUCUCUGCAAAAAUACAUAUAUAUACAAAAAAUAUUUUUUUUGCAGAGGGGGCAACAAUUAAGCAGCGGUGGGCCACCCCUUCUAAAUGAAUAUAGGGGAAACACUGCUCCAGAGAGAAAGCCCUCACUCCAUCUAACCUCAAUCUAUAAAAUAAUAUAAUAGGAGUGUCCUUUGGCAGAUGCUAAAAACUUUGUCUCCUUUUAAUGUGUGUUCAUUCACCCGUGAAGAGCAGAGGGACUAUCCACUGGAGCUGAACAGUCCCAGAUGCGUAACCACCUCUUGCUCUUCUCCCUCUUUUCCCUUCCUUCUCUCUCUCUCUCCUCUCGUUCCAUCUCUCCUCAGGUGGCCAGGCUCUGGGGCAUGCAGAAGAACCGUCCAGCCAUGAACUACGACAAGCUCAGUCGCUCUCUGCGCUAUUACUACGAGAAGGGAAUUAUGCAGAAGGUUAAUAAACCUAGCUCUACAAUUUGCUUUAUUCAGCAGUUCAAAUGUGUCUCAGAGUGGUGGGACUGCCUAUCAUUUGGUUGGCUCUAUCAUCCAUUUCCUUUAGAAGCAAUGUUUUAUAUUAAAUGACUGAUGUAUAUAUCUGAUUUAUUUGAUUAGAUUUGUUCCACACUUGCAUUAGUUUAACGACACCGACUAACUAACAUAUCUUACAGAGAAAUCCCUUUCCUCCGUGUUUGCAGGUGGCAGGGGAGCGCUACGUUUACAAGUUUGUGUGCGAGCCCGAGGCUCUCAUCUCCUUGGCCUUCCCCGACAACCAGCGGCCCAGCCUGAAGGCCGAAUUUGAGCGCUACGUCAACGAGGAGGACACUGUGCCCCUGUCCCACAUGGAUGAGGGGGCCUCCUACCCCCCUGAACAAGCCCCACCAAACAUGGGCGCCCAGCCCUACUCCAAAGGCUACAUGUACUAAUGCCACCACCCCACCCCCCAUCCUCCAGAUCCUCUCUGUCAGGGGUUGGCAACAGGCGGCACGUGGGCCAAAACCGGCUGGCAAGUGAUUUUUUUUGGGCCCCCCAAAGUUUUUAGGGUUUUCGUUUUUGGUCAAAAAAUACCAAAAUCACCAGGAAUUCAGCCACCAACUUUUUUUAAAAAAAGGAAAUCUGUUCCCAAGUAUUCCUACAAAUAAAAAAAAGAGGUGAUAAUGUCUCAAUGUAAUCAAGGUAUGAAAUGAUUGUUUUUUUCAAAUACAAUCUCUUUUUGGGCUUAGUUGUGGUCAAUUUGCAGUGUACAAAUUAUUAUUUUCCUGCCCCCCCCGACCAUCUGCUCCGACAAAAAUCGGCCCGCGGCCAAAUCUAGUUGCCUACCCCGGCCCCUGCACCUAUUGCACAUGACCACCCCAUCCACUUGUAUAUACAAAGGCUAUGGUGUUUCUUUGUUUUUGUUUAAAUUAAUCUCAUUAGGGAUUUUUGAGUUUUUAAAAGCUGCAUUCCUCACUUCUGAGGCCUAUUUAAUCCAUACACAUGACUGUGGUUAAAGAGAUUGCUUAAUAAAGAUACGCUAUUACUACUAUUCUAUGUGCCAAGACCUUGUAUUCUUUCUCUGAUAACAUUGUGACAGAUUGGGAAUGGCUACACAGAGGGGGAAUGGGUGUUAUUUCAAGGUAUGAAGUAAUUAACAGCAUAAAUGAACAUGAAAAUCAGUUAAUCAAACUUCAGUCUAUGGGAGAAUCUCAAUUGCAUGCUACUCACGUCCUCUCGCCUCUGGCUUUCUCAUCCAAUGGGUUUUCAGGAGGCAAGGAGAGAGGACGCGAGGAGUAUGCAAUUGAGAUUCUCCCAAAGUCAUUGACAAAAGAGCACAUGCAUUUCCUACCUCACAUGCUGCCAUUAUCAGUGGUCACACCUUAUGUCAACUAGGAAACAUGAUUACUACGAAGGUUCUCAUAGGUCAGAGUGUUCCACUCCAAAUACAGUGCAUUCGGAAAGUAUUCAGACCCCUUCCCAUUUUCCACAUUUUGUUACGUUAUAGCAUUAUUCUAAAAUGAAUUAAAUAAAUAAAAAUCCUCAUUAAUCUAUACACAAUACAAGCGAAAAUAUAUAUUUUUUUUUUGUGUGAAUGAAAAAUAGAAAACAGACAUACCUUAUUUACAUAAGUAUUCAGACCCUUUGCUAUGAGACUCGAAAUUAAGCUCAGGUGCAUCCUGUUUCCAUUGAUCAUCCUUGAGAUGUUUCUACAACCUGAUUGGAGUCCACCUGUGGUCAAUUCAAUUGAUUGGACAUGCUCUACAACAUUCGCAGAGUACAAACCUACCUUACACAGAAAGCUGCACAGGUCCUAAUCCAGGCACUUGUCAUCUCCCGUCUGGAUUACUGCAACUCGCUGUUGGCUGGGCUCCCUGCCUGUGCCAUUAAACCCCUACAACUUAUCCAGAACGCUGCAGCCCGUCUGGUGUUCAACCUUCCCAAGUUCUCUCAUGUCACCCCGCUCCUCUGCACACUCCACUGGCUUCCAGUUGAGGCUCGCAUCUACUACAAGACCAUGGUGCUUGCCUACGGAGCUGUGAGGGGAACGGCACCUCCUUACCUUCAGGCUCUGAUCAGACCCUACACCCAAACGAGGGCACUACGUUCAUCCACCUCUGGCCUGCUAGCUCCCCUACUUCUGCGGAAGCACAGUUCCCGCUCAGCCCAGUCAUUGCUAUUCGCUGCUCUGGCACCCCAAUGGUGGAACAAGCUCCCCCACGACAGCGGAGUCACUGACCACCUUCCGGAGACACUUGAAACCCUACCUCUUUAAGGAAUACCAGGAAUAGUAUAAAGUAAUCCUUCUUCCCCCACCCCCCAUAAAAAAAAAAAAAAGGUGGUUGUCCCACUGGCUUUCAUAAGUUGAAUGCACCAAUUUGUAAGUCGCUCUGGAUGAGAGCGUCUGCUAAAUGAUGUAAAUGUAAAAUGAGUAAAGGCACACACCUGUCUAUAUAAAGUCCCACGGUUGACAGUGCAUGUCAGAGCAAAAACCAAGCCAUGAGGAUCAAGGAAUUGUCCGUAGAGCGCUGAGACAGGAUUGUGUCGCGGCACAGAUCUGGGGAAAGGUACCCAAAGAUUUCUGCAGCAUUGACGGUCCCCAAGAACACAGUGGCCUCCAUCAUUCUUAAAAUGGAAGAAGUUUAGAACCACCAAGACUCUUCCUAGAGCUGGCCGCCCGGCCAAACUGAGCAAUCGGGGGAGAAGGGCCUUGGUCAGGGAGGUGACCAAGAACCCGAUGGUCACUCUGACAGAGUUCCAGAGUUCCUCUGUGGAGAUGGGAGAACCUUCCAGAAGGACAACCAUCUCUGCAGCACUCCACCAAUCAGGCCUUUAUGGUAGAUUGGCCAGACGGAAGCCACUCCUCAGUAAAAGGCACAUGACAGCACGUUGGAGUUUGCCAAAAGGCACCUAAAGGACUCCCAGACCAUGAGAAACAAGAUUCUCUGGUCUGAUGAAACCAAGAUUGAACUCUUUGGCGUGAAUGCCAAGCGUCACAUCUGGAGGAAACCUGGCACCAUCCCUACGGUGAAGCAUGGUGGUGGCAGCAUCAUGCUGUGGGGUUGUUUUUCAGCGGCAGGGUCUGUGAGACUAGUCAGGAUUGAGGGAAAGAUGAACGGAGCAAAGUACAGAGAGAUCCUUGAUGAAAAUCUGCUCCAGAGCGCUCAGGACCUCAGACUGGGACGAAGACAGGACAACGGCCCUAAGCACACAGCCAAGACAACGCAGGAGUGGCUUCGGGACAAGUUUCUGAAUGUCUUAAGUGGCCCAGCCCGGACUUGAACCCGAUCGAACAUCUCUGGAGAGACCUGAAAACAGCUGUGCAGCGAUGCUCACCAUCCAACCUGACAGAGCUUGAGAGGAUCUGCAGAGAAGAAUGGGAAAACUCCCCAAAUACAGGUGUGCCAAGCUUGUAGUGUCAUACCCAAGAAGACUCGAGGUUGUAAUCUCUGCUAAAGGUGCUUCAACAAAGUGCUGAGUAAAGGGUCUUAUGUAAAUGUGAUAUAUAUAUAUUUUUUAAAAAUAUUUCUAAACAUCUGUUUUUGCUUUGUCAUUAUGGGGUAUUGUGUAGAUUGAUGAGGGGGGAAAACUAUUUAAAUCCAUUUUAGAAUAAGGCUGUAACGUAACGAAAUGUGGAAAAAGUCAAGGGGUCUGAAUACUUUCCGAAGGCACUGUAUCUGCACACACAGCUGCAAUGGGACACCUGAACAUUCAUAAAUGGAAUGAUCAGUUGACUUUUGAUGGUAGUUCUGCAAGGGCCAAUUCUGUAACUUGUCUGUACUAUACUUUCCAUUCCUAUCAUUGGCAGACCAUGACAGUUUAAUUAUAACAUAACAGCAACAAGACAAAAACAGCAGACAUGAGACCAUCCAAUAUUUAAUAUGGAAGAAUAUGGUAAUUUAGAAAUCACUCAUUUCAGUUCGCUUACAUUUCCGCCAUCUUAAUGAAACCACAGAUCUGGUAAUUGCUGACUACAAUCAAAGUCUGAUCCAUUUCCCUAGAUAUAAACUAUAUUACAUGAGAUCUCUAGACUAAACGGACUCUGAGCAUCGUGUCCUCAAAAACAGACAGACUUCCACUGACUGAUUAGAUUACUGCCCACUUACAGUGCCCAGUCUCCUUCCUAUUCACUUAAUAGUCAUUUUCUUUGAGGGACUCCGUGAUGUUCGGUUUUGAGGUAAUUUAUACACUGGGCAAAAACGAACUUUUGGGUCAUAUACGGGCCAAAAGUCUGAGGGAGGUAAGUUAACUGACAUUGAACAAUGAAGCCAAAUGACUCUGUAGGAACACAGAAAGGAACAAUGGCCUGGUAUUUCUCAACCAGUUGUCAAUGACAGUCUCCCUCUCUCUCUUGCUGUGGUGUGAGCCUGUGUGUAAGGGCAAAGGGAUACACCUCUACUUCCUGCGGAAGGCGCGGGAGAUUCGCCAAGCGUUGGGCUCUUCGUAACGGUUGUAGAGGGGCUCGAGGCGCUGCAUCUUUUUCUGUUUGCUGAGACGCGUGGGAUCGGCUACUUUAAAGAAGGCCGGCGAGAACUCUACCAGCCAGCGUGGGUCAAUGGUGGUCACCUCCCGCAUGUACUCCUUAGUAGUCAGCACCAACUCA